AUGGACAAAAAACCGAAAGCCUGGAAACGUAAAACAUUCGACCGAUCAAUGGAGCAGAAAUCUUUGAAUAUUCCAAUCGAUCCGGCUGCAUUACUACGGCACUCUCGGGGGGAGCGCAUGAACAUGGACGGUGUACAAUCAAAGAUGCAUAAAAUUCAAGCAAAACGUAAGGACAUUAAUAUGGAAUUCGCAUCAGAGCAGGCUGCCCGAGCAGAAAUUUUACUCCACGAAGAAGAAGGUUAUCUGGAGGCGGAUGAAGGUGAAUGCACAACCAACAUCACGCAAAAAGAAAUAGUUGAAAAUGUGGACAUAACAACGGCCAUGAAGCAUUUUAAUUUGGCACUUGAUUUUGGUCCAUAUUGCAUGCGGUACACUAAGAACGGCACACAUUUGCUGAUCGGGGGUAAGCGUGGUCAUGUGGCAGCAUUCGACUGGGUUCAAAAAAAGUUGCUGUGUGAAAUGAAUGUGAUGGAAUCCGUUCACGAUGUCACUUGGCUAAUGAAUCAUACGAUGUAUGCUGUGGCUCAAAAAAACUGGGUACAUGUAUAUGAUCAUAAAGGUACUGAGAUACAUUGCAUCAAAAUCAUGCAUAGAAGUCAACGGUUGGAAUAUUUACCUUACCAUUUUCUGCUGAAUAGUGCCGGAGAUAAAGGAUUCCUAUCGUGGAUAGAUGUGUCUAUCGGAACUACAGUAGGUAAUUACCCAACUCGGAUGGGCAAUAUAUCGGUAAUGACGCAAAACCCUUGGAACGCAGUUACUUGCAUUGGGGGCUCUAAAGGUGUAGUAUCCAUGUGGUCACCGAUGGUACGGGAACCGCUUGCUAAGAUGCUAUGCCAUCCGGUGCAACUAACAGCACUUGCAAUCGAUCCGAAAGGAAUGCACAUGGCAACCGCUGGGUUGGAUCGUAAAAUUAAGAUAUGGGACAUUCGUCAACUAGAAGGUCCUAUCGAAACUUAUCACACCAAUACUGCGGUCACCGAGAUUGACCUUUCACAGCGAGGACUGUUAGCUCUAUCGAUGGGCAAUAUUUGCGAGAUUUAUCGCAGAAACAAUAAUUCAGAAGAAGAGAAAAUGAAACCAUACAUGAGACAUCGGACGAAUGGAACCAUUUCUGAUAUUAGAUUCUGUCCUUAUGAGGACAUUCUCGGUGUAGCAACCGCAAAGGGUUUCAAUUCGCUAAUAGUUCCAGGUUCAGGCGAACCCAAUUUCGACACAUAUGAGGCCAACCCCUAUCAGUCCCGUUCGCAAAGACGCGAGCAAGAGAUUCACAGCUUGCUGGAAAAGAUUCCGGCAGAAUUCAUUGCACUUAAUCCCUGCCAGAUCGAUGAAGUGGAUGUACCUUCCGCUAAGGCACGGCUUGAGCAGAAAAUCAAGGUGUUAACGUUGAAACCCCCUAAGAUAAAUUUUGAACCACGUAAACGGAACCGCGUGUCGAAGGCAAAGCUGGUUCAAAUUAAACGAAACGUGAAAGAGACCAGAUUCCGCGAGGUAGUCAACGAGAUUCGUGAGUUAAAAGAAAAAGUGUUGGCGGAAGAAACAGACGUUGUGGAAACCCCUGACUUUAUUCCACUAGAAUCGAAGAAUGUGUUGGAUCGGUUCAACACAAAGAAAAAAAAGGGAAAACACUAAGCAUACAUUUGUAUAAUAUAGUUAUUAGAAAAAUAAAACGUUCAGAUCACUUGUAGAUACUUGUGUAAUAUUCUUCUUCGAGAUCAUAUAGAUCGGCUGCCAUA